UAUAUUUCAUAAUUACCAAUCUACCACUACUAUAAAUAUCUCUAAAUUCCUAUUCGUAAUCCCUAACGGUAUUUCUCCCGACUCGCGGCUCAGCUUGCCGGCCAAUGCAAGUUUCUUUCUCUGAUCAGAGUGCUCAUCCGGCUACUGGUUCUCUGUAAUAUUCAGCUACUGGUUUUCUGGAAUCACCGUUUGUCUGCCAUUACUUCCGACGAGUAUAAACCUCUUAGUUUUCUCUUUCUGCGCUACUGGUGCUGUUGCUCCUCUUGCGGCGCCGAUAUUGUCUUCUUGCCGCCAACGAGUUUUCUGCUUCCUAAGUCUCUUUUUACCAACUUGCUUUUACAUCAGCAGGUUGUAAAUUUCAGAGAUGUUGCCUUCUGAGCUUACGAAAAAGAUUACUUUUUCGCGGGGCAUUAGAGAUGGAGACUUGGUAAUAGUUUAUGAGAGACAUGACAUAAUGAAGGCUGUUAAAGUAUGUGAAAGCUCAGUGUUCCAGAACCGGUUUGGUGUAUUCAAACAUUCAGAUUGGAUUGGAAAGCCUUUUGGGUCCAAAGUGUUUAAUAGCAAAGGUCGAUUUGUUUACUUGUUGGCUCCAACUCCUGAACUUUGGACUCUGGUCUUAAGUCACAGGACUCAGAUUCUUUAUCUUGCUGAUAUUAGCUUUGUGAUCAUGUACCUCGAAAUAGUACCUGGCUGCGUGGUUCUUGAGUCAGGUACUGGAAGUGGAUCUUUAACAACUUCACUUGCCAGGGCUGUGGCUCCUACAGGACAUGUUUAUACAUUUGAUUUCCAUGAGCAAAGAGCUGAGUCAGCUAGAGAGGACUUUGAGAGAACGGGUGUGAGCAGCUUAGUCACUGUUGGAGUUAGAGAUAUUCAAGGUGAGGGAUUUCCAGAUCAAUUUUCAGGGUUGGCUGAUUCUGUAUUUCUGGACCUACCCCAACCUUGGCUGGCCAUUCCUUCAGCUGGAAAAAUGUUGAAACAAGAUGGGGUUUUAUGCUCGUUCUCGCCUUGCAUUGAGCAAGUGCAACGCGCAUGUGAAACUCUUAGAUCAAACUUUACUGAUAUUAGGACAUUUGAGGUACUCCUUCGAACAUAUGAGGUUCGUGAAGGGAAAAUGGAUUACUGCCAGGAUGAUGAUCUUGCAUCUGUUGGAAAUAUUCCAUGCAAGAGAAAGCUUAGUUCAAAUGAAGGUAGCAAUCUGCAGAAAAAUCCAAGUUGUCCUCCGAUCAUAGCUCGGCCAUGUGGUGAGGCAAGAGGGCACACUGGCUAUUUAACAUUUGCGAGACUCAAAUGCUUUCAAUGAUUGAUGGCCUGUCAGACGUGGAUCUGAUUAUGAAGAAGAAUUCUGUGUAUUACAAGAGAAAAAAGGAAUAAAAAUCAGAAUUUUUGUUAUUGUCUUUUGCAUUAGAAGACAAGAAUGGUCUCUAAAUACUGGGAUAUACCUUGCAAGCACGUUUAAAGGAGUUCCACUAUGGUGCCUCUGAGAUAUCAUGUCUCCAGGUAAUUUUCUAACGUUUUAUUAGUAAUUUGGUAAUUUUGUGUAGUAAUCAUCUAGAAAUUAAUUCAGUAACUUUUUAUAGUAAUUCAGUUUUUCCACAAUGUUAAGUGAUUACUAUCCAAAGUUACUGAAUUAUUAUCAACUGUUGGAAAGUUGCUAUGGAGGCAUCAUUGCCUCGAGUGCAUCAUAGGUUUGUUGAUAGGAGGCCUCUGAAAAUGGUUUUUCACAAAAUUUUUACCUGCUUAUCGGCAAUUUCUGUAGAUUAAAUAUGACUUUGCGGCUACUAAUUAUUGGUCACUUCAGCUUGUACCUUUUGACUUAUGGUUGACUUAUAAAUUUUAUAUUUCAA